AUGUCAGAAGCUGCGACGAACUUAAAUUCAAAUAACACCGAUGCUGGCCCACCUCAGCUGGCUGUUGGUCUUCCAUCCAUAAAAGAUGUCACAACAACAUUCAAACAGCCAGAUCUACCCGUUGAUGUUCUACUUGUAACGGUAAAAAACUGCGAGUUCUUAGCUUGUUACAAUGAGCUUAAAGAUCCCUUUAGAUGUCAUUUUGAUGGUCUUGGUUACGUUUACUUCGCGGACGUUGUCGGCAGUCAGCCGGGGCGAGUGAAAGUAGCACUAAUGAAAUGUUAUGAGGGUUCUACUUGCCCGGGUGGUUCCCUUAUUGCCGUUAAGAAUGCCGCCCCUAUUCUACGACCCAAGGCCGUGAUAUCUGUUGGGGCAUGUAGUGGUCUCAACCCUAACAAAACCAAAUUAGGAGAUGUCAUUGUAUCAGCCAAACUAACAACAUAUGCAUCCAAAGUGGUUAAAAGCGACCAAGAACAGUGGGCUGGUAUUAGCAGUUACGUGAGCAGACGGUUUCUUAACAUCAUUAAGAAUUGCGCUCAUGGAUGGCAACCACCUUUGAAGAACUCAAACCGAGAAGAUCACCACAUCAACGUUCAUAACAAUGGCGAGUUCUUAAGUGGUCCAGAGCAGAUCAGAGCUGAAAGCCGCCGAAAAGAACUUCUAGACCGCCAUCCCCUCGCAACAGGCGUAGAGAUGGAAGGAGAAGGUGAGCGUAUGUCACUUAAUCAUUCUUAUUAACAAUAAACGUUGUUUUUUAUGGCGACUCCAACUGGUUAGGUCUAAUUAAUGCGCACGAUUUCACCCUCUUAGAAAUGAUUAUUGGUGUCUUUUCAUCCCUGGAAUUGCCUUGAAGAGGAAUUCUGAGGUCUUCCUGGCGCCUGUGGGUCUCCUAUGAAAGGGCUCAUACAACGUGCAAACGUUGGCGGGUUUUACCAACCAAAAAGAUCGUAAACUUGGCAUCUCGUACGCGAGCCCUUUGUCAAGCCAAACCAAGGGAUUGGUGGUUGUGUGUAGUUUAUAUAUGGGGUGUUGGAGUAACUCUGUUGUGGGGGGGGGGGGGGCAUGAUUACCUUAAAAGACAGCAAUAAAGAAAGUCAUGUAUGAAAAAUGUUUAUUGAAAGUAGUUACAGUCAAAAAAGCAAAACAAACGGCGUGAAAAUCAUAACUUAUCCUACUUUCUGUCCUUGGGCUCUCGCAUCUCUAGAUUUUGUUUUUUUUUUUUAUCGCCGGUCAGUUUCCUUCCAGUUCGCCAUCCAACUGCAUAUAAAAGAAACAAAUCUUCAUAAAAGCGUUUGUUAAUUUUCAAUAAAAUAAAGAAUGUUAAUUACUUUCCAUAUUUUAGGUGUUUUCACAGCUGCAUUUGAUACUCAACUCGAGUGGCUCAUUGUUAAAGGGAUAGCUGAUUUUGCGGAUGGUGAGCAAGUCAAUGCAGGAAGUUGGGAAGCCUGUGCUAGUGCAAUGGCAGCAUCUCUUGUCUCGCACAUGUUAAGUGAUCCUUGUGUUUUCCGCUCUUGGCCGCAUUUUUCAGGUAUAAUUUCUUGUCAGUUUAGUGGGUUAUGAUAAAUCGUAGAGGUAACAGGCCAAAUUUGCCGCCAGUGGAAGAAAACGUGAAUCCUCGAAGUGAAAAAGUGAGGAAGGUCAGAUCCUGAGAUCAAAAGGAACGUCAAUAUUUUUCUCCGAUAUUCCAUCUUGCUCAUUGCCAAGCGGCGUAAGAUUACGAGUUAUAAAGAAGCACUUGUGAGGGUUGUCGUUGUUACCUUAACUUUCAGUCACUCGGCUUUUACUAUAGCCCUUCAGUUGAGUCAAGUUAAACAAACUUUAAGAAAAUGUUGAUUGUCAGUGUGCAUGUUUCUGGCCAAAAAACGAGAUUGUACAUUCUUUUCGUACUAUAAAUAUUGCGUAUUUACUAGGAAGUACGGCACAAAACGCUAAUGAUGUCAUUGCCUGGAUCUUUUAGUGGAUGAUCUCUUUGAGCAGCUUGAGAGCGGUAGGAAGCGGAAGCUAGCUGAGCACCACAUUGCAGGUAAUGUAUUAACAACAAUUUUUAAAAAGUUCUUGUUUAUAACCCCGACCUACUUUAUCUGUUCCGCUCUUUGCCUCACUUUCGUUUUAGAAUGCAAUGAGUCGAAAGGAGCAAAAAAAUUUCACGAGACGCGUAUAGUCCCUGACAGCACCUCACAGGGCUGUUUUAAAUCAGUUCACACUUUUUCCCAAAAUAACAAAAUCAAAUGAAGAUAAUGUGGUAGUAAACUGAACCGCCCCACUCAACAUCAAAUAUGUUAUGUCCCCAUGGCCAGCUAUUACAAUUAACGUUACAGUAGGAAAGCCUUUCCGACUAGACCGUAAAUGGGCAAUUUUGUUAAUUCCAUACAAAUUUUGCCAAACUCAGCCAAUUAGGUAACCAUUUGUGGCGUUUUAUACCACCCAUUCUGUGUUACUGUCAACCGCGAAGUUAUGACCCAAUUACAGGGGAUCGACUUUGCGGUUUUUUGGGGGGGAGGGGGGGGUAAGCUUGAAGCCUUGAAAUACGACAUCGUUAACUGAAACAGAUGUGAAGUGGCGCGGGUAUAAACCAACGGUUUUCUUCACCAGGUGCCUUGUACGAUGACCAGAGCCCAACACAAAUCAAAAGGGGAAUGUUUACUGCCCACACAUCCCAGCAAACUGAAUUCACAACUCAGCAGCAUCUUGCAGGUAUCUCUAACAAUGCAUUGAAUUGUGACACUUAAAAAACUAUGAUCAUCAGUUAAUGGUCCACAUUACAGUACAGCUAAAAAGAAUGCUUAAAAUUGUGCCACGGGAUAAAGUUUUUACUUUUAUAAAGCUUACGCAAUCUGAGAGGCGGUUAAUUUUUACAGAGAAAAAGAAACGCGCAGCUUGUUGUUUUCAAACACUGCUGCAAAACGAGUCGAAUUCGAGCUCAAACUUGUCUUGCAACAAAUCAGGUUGUUGCAGGUUGUGAAUUAUUGUUGCAGAAAGUGGACAGUAUAGUUCUACUUUUUGCAGCAAAAUCAGUAGGUGUUGCGCGCUUUGUCAGUCCAAAGCAAACGUUUUUGCAAAAGUGACGUAACUCCCGUGUAAGAAGAAGUUACUAUUCACGCAACUUACAACAACUUGAUUUGUUGCAAGAGAGGUUUGAACGUGCGCGAAAAACGCGCAACAUUGCUUUUCAACUUGUUUUGUAUUAAUGUUGCAAAACAUGUUGCAUGUUUUUGCUGGCUGCUUCACUGUAGCUUUAGACAAAACAGGGAGCUUAAGCAACAACGACGGCGACGGCAACGGCGACGGCAACGAAAACGUCAUUUGAAAAGUGAAUUCGCGCUGCUUCAAACUCAAUCACGUUUAAUCCAUCUCGUUCAAUUCGGCAAAUGUUGGCAGAUUAUUCUGGAGUUCAAGUCCCAAGGACUGUUUUGUAGUUCAAGAAAAGAAAAAGAAAAUCGUUGUCUUGUGUCCACGUACGCGUCCUCCGAAAAAUGUGAAACUGGGAAGUUUCACGUCGUAAUCGUGCAGUGACGGCAAAGAAAUGUACAAAAACUGGGCGUGAAGUACGGGCAAAGUUGUUGUUUUGCUAAUCUAAACCUGUUAAAGGUUUGAACCCAGAAGUCAUUUCAAAAGUAGGUUGAGUUUGAUCGUCCGGGUGAACGUAGUCCUGAAUACUGACAGACGAGCAAUAACGUCGCGACGUCUUUGACCAAUCAGAUCAAUAACCAGAGUAUAACACCAUCAACUGACGUGAUACAACUCACUUUGACUCUGAAGAUGACUACCGCACAGGUUGUCGAAACGUCAGUCAAUGUCAACAACAACAGUCCUAUUCAGGACUACGUUCACCCAGACGAUCAAACUCAACCUACUUUUUUUAAUCUAAACCUAUUGCUUUUUUUGCCGUUCUCGCUGCCGUCGCCGUCGUAGUUGCCUAUAAGCUUCCUAAUUAUGGUACGAUCACAGGACGAUCACCACUAAUAAUGGUCCGAUCACCACUAAUAAUGGUCCGAUCACCACUAAUAAUGGUCCGAUCACCACUAAUAAUGGUCCGAUCACCACUAAUAAUGGUCCGAUCACCACUAAUAAUGGUCCGAUCACCACUAAUAAUGGUCCGAUCACCACUAAUAAUAGUCCGAUCACAACCCCUGUUAACGUGAUAACAAAUUAAGCACAACGUAUAACACAACAAGAGGCAACAACAGGCCACCGUUAGGUUAUGUCAGAUAUCUUAACAUAUUUCAUGCCUCUUAGAAGAUUUGAAAAUCAUAAUAUCACCCCCCCCCCCUCCCCUCAAAUUUUGUCUAUAUGGAUCUUAAACUCGUUCGUUUUGCAACAUUACAAAAAAAAGAAAGCGUAUCGUAGACAGAGUAGUAAAAUCAAACCGAUUCGAUUUAUAGUGUGUAUUUUGUACUUCCUAGGGGUUCCAAGUAUCAUAAAAAGGAUUCGUCAGCUUUACAAACGUCGUGAAGGACGGCUGGUACCAUUUCCAUGGUGCGACGAACUUGAUUUCAACCUGAAUGACAUUUUCACCCGGCUGAAGAUCGUGAACAAAGAAAAAACAAGAGGAAAAUUGACCGAUGAUGAAAUCACCAACGUGACCGCUAUCUUUAGACCCCACCCUGAUUGCCAGAAACCACGGAUUCUUUUGAUCGAAGGGGAACCUGGCAUGGGAAAAACCACCUACUCACAAAAACUGGCGUAUGACUGGGCAACUGAACAAGAUGAAUGGGACGAGUCUUUUCCAUCGAUUGAAGUCCUGCUCUUGCUUCGAUGUAAUGAUAUCAAAUCUGGCAUCUGGGAAGCGAUUGACGAUCAACUUCUUCCUAAUGAUGUUGACAAACAGGCUAAAGAGGAUUUUUUAAGAUUCAUUCGGGAAAAUCAGGCAAAAGUUCUCCUACUACUUGAUGGUUUGGAUGAAGCAGAUUCCCAUAAACUAGACAUGUAUUACUCGCUCGUUCAGAGUAAACUCCUCGCAGCUUGUCACAUUGUCGUUACUUCUCGUCAUGAGGCUGGAAAGAAAGUAAGGCCAUACUGUGACACCCUGUGGGAGAUUGUAGGAUUUUCUAAAGAGGAUGCCGAAAGUUUUAUCAGAAAGUAUUUUAAAGGCAAGGAACACUUGGCUGAGGAGUUGAUUAAACGAUUGAUACUCCCAGAGUAUUCCACUGGUGAUCCGCUUGAAACGUUAGGCGAGUUAACUAAAAAUCCACUUAAUACAGCUUUACUAUGUUGUCUUUUCGAGGAUUUCGAAGGUGUCCUUCCAACAAGCAGAACUGAGCUGUACGUUGAAAUGGUUUUCUUUGUUUUAAGAAGAUAUGAGAAAAAAAACGGACUUGGAAGCAGCGAUGAAGACUUGAUUUUAGUGUAUAAAAAACAACUUUUGCAGUUGGGCAGCUUCGCUUUCGAAUCCCUCCUCAAAGGGGAGUUAUACUUUGAAAAAAAGGACGAAAUCGUCAAGCCUAUCAAUUUUGGAUUCUUUUCUUUUCAGCAAGGUGGCUCCAAGCGCAAGCCUUGCACGCGUUGUGCAUUUUUACACAAGAGCUUUCAGGAGUUUUUUGCUGGCUUUUUUCUUGCGUUUCAGAUUAUCGACAAAGAAAGAGACUUUUCCUCACUUGCAGAUGAUAAGAGAUACUUGGAUAAACUGAGACAAGUCUUUUUUUUCAUGAGUGGAAUCAUAGCCUCACGUAGUGAGGAAACUGCCGAAUCCUUCUUUAUUAAUAUCGCUGAAAAAAUCAACUCUGCCGAAGACUAUAAGUCAUAUUUCAAGUUAGCUUGUGAGUGCUUGUUGGAAUGCUCAAGUGAUGAGGAAAACGUUCAAACUCGCUUAGUUCGUACUUUAGGUGAGCACCUUGACAUGUCCCUGACUAAAGAUUUUUACUUAACUGGGAUAAACGCUGCUGGUGCUUCUGCAAUUUCCAUAGCCCUCACAGGAAACUCCUCCCUGAUUAGUUUGGAUUUGGGUGAUAACAGUAUAGGUGAUGCCGGUGCUUCGUCUCUUUCUCAGGCCCUCAAAGAAAACUCCUGCCUAAAUACUUUGAAUUUAAAUGGUAACCGUAUUGGUGAAGCCGGUGCUUCUUCUCUUUCUCAGGCUCUCACAGCAAACUGCUCCCUAAAUACUUUAAAUUUAAGUCGUAACUUUUUGAGUGGCGCUGGUGCUUCUUCUCUUUCUCUUGCCCUCACAGCAAACUCCUCACUGACCACUUUGGAUUUAAGUCGUAACCUAAUUGACAGCGCUGGUGCUUCUUCUCUUUUCCGGGCCCUCACAGCAAAUUCCUCACUGACUUCCUUGGAUUUGACGUAUAACAGUAUUGGUAACGAUGGUGCUUCUUCUCUUUCUCAGGCCCUCGCAGGAAACUCCUCCCUGACUUCUUUGGAUUUGAGUUAUAACAGUAUUAGUGAGGCUGAUGCUUCUUCUCUUUCUCGGGUCCUCACAGCAAACCCCUCCCUGACUACUUUGAAGUUAAUUGGAAACAGUAUUGGUGACACCGGUGCUUCUUGUCUUUCUCGGGCCCUCACCGCAAAUUCCGCCCUGACUACUUUGAAGUUAAGUGGUAACAGUAUUGGUGACGCCGGCGCAUCUUCUCUUUCUCAGGCCCUCAAAGUGAACUCCACUCUGUCUACUUUGGAAUUGGGUUAUAACAUUAUUGGCGAAGCUGGUGCUUCUUCUCUUUCUCAGGCCCUCACAGCAAAUUCUUCCCUGACUUCUUUGGAUUUGAUGCAUAACAGUAUUGGCGAAGCCGGUGCUUCUUUUCUAUCUCAGGCCCUCACAAUAAACUCCACCCUGACUAGUUUAGAUUUGCUUUAUAACAGUAUUGGUGACGCCGGUGCUUCUUCUCUUUCUCACGCCCUCAAAGCAAACUCCUCCCUGACUACUUUGGAUUUGGGUACUAACGUUAUUGGCGACGUUGGUGCCUCUUCUCUUUCCCAGGCCCUCUCAGCAAACUCCUCCCUGACUACUUUGAAUUUGGUUGGUAACGUUAUUGGCGACGUUGGGGCUUCUUCUAUUUCCCAGGCCCUCACAGUAAACUCCUCCCUGACUACUUUGGAUUUGGGCCGUAACUUUAUUGGUGACACUGGUGCCUCUUCUCUUUCUCAGGCCCUCGCAGCAAACUCCUGCCUGACGUCUUUGGAUUUGGGUUAUAACUGUAUUGGCGACGAUGGUGCUUUGGAACUUUCCCAGAAACUCACAGCAAAUUCCUCUCAGACUUAUUUACAUUUAAGUGGUAACAGCAUUAGCGACACCGUUGCAUCUCUCUUUCCCAGGCUUUCACAGCCAAUUCUUAGGCCUACUCUGGGCCCUUAAGUCGCCCUAAUUUUAGGUGACUUAGGGCGAUUUAGGGCGACUUUAGGAAAAUUUGCUCAAAAUCUUGUGCGACUUAAGGCGAUAUAAGGUGACAUAUUAAGUGAAUUAAAUGUUAGUGUAUACAAAUUUGACAUCUACUGAUAACACCAGCUCUCUAGGGACACAAUGUCAUAGCAUAAGUUAAUUCAGUCUUGGAGACAACUUCAUUAGUCUUCCAAAUUUUCAACAAUCUCAACACAUAGAAUACUAAAAUAGUAAUGUUACCUAAUAUUUUGAACAUUAAAUAUCACGGUAGCUUGUGUUGCAGAUGUAUUCUAACCGUGGUUAGAAUGCAUCCUUGUUCUGGGCUCCAACGCACUCAACGAAUUACCGGCAUUUUGAGUUUCCCUUCAACAUGAUUGGCAAAUGGACAAUGGCAUUUUUAACAGUCCAGUCCUUGCACGUACACAAAUCCUGGUACACGCACCGGGGGAGGGGGUGGGGCAGAACUAGGAUUUUGCCGCUGUUUUGCAGACGGACUUAUCCCGGAGCCGAGUUAGUUCCAUCUGUGGCACAGGCUAAUAUCAAGGGUGUUGGUUUAGUGUUACAUUAGCAGAGACAAAAUCUGAGUUAGAAGCAACCAAAAGAGUAAAUUUUCUCUUAACCUUUAAAUGAAUUAUUGUACAAUACAAGGGACAAAAAAAUCAAUGGUUCCUUCGUUUCUUUUUCCGAAAAAGAAAACUCUAGAAGUAAAGUAUUUCAGUACAUCUCUGUAAAAUACUGUAAGCUGGUUUGUAGCAAAAACUUUAUAUUGAAGUGUCUUUUUUUCAUAAUUUGACAACAAACAUUAAAGUAAUUAAUUUAAAACAUUUAAAAUCACUUAUCGAUAUCGCACACUAUGGAAAUGACGAUCCCAUUGUAUGUCUUGGCAGUUGCUCUGCCAAUGAUUGUCCUCACACGUUUGUCAAAGAGGGUGUUUUUCCAAUUGCAUUCAAAAUGCAAAGUUGGUAGUUUUCGCGGCAUAUAUUGCUCCUUUCCUGUCUCAGUCAAUACUUGCUUAGCUAGUGAACCGUACUCUCUUCCCAUGGUGUCUUUGGAAAUUUUGCAAUCGGGUUGAUUUCAUGAGUGCAUUUAUACCCGCGGAAACAACGAAGGGGAGGGGGGUACUGUAUACACGAGAAAACUCGCACCUGCGCCAGUUUCAUAUCAGGGUGACUUUUUGAUUUUGUAUCGCGUUUACAUGAUGAUGGGUCAUUUGAUGUCUCGGUUAUUUGUAGGUACACUUCAUGUUGAUAAAAUACCCGUGCGAUUAAAAAUCGCAAAGAUUGCGCAUGCGCUACCCGUUCCCUGUCCACCGGCAGACCGAUUUCACACCGAAAUGGGUGGUCGUUUCGUGUUUACAUGAUACCGUUACGAAAUUUCGUACCGGUGUGAAAUUCUCGCCCUGGUACAACAGCCGGGGUGAACUCACGCCGGAGUGACUCGCGCCGGCAUGACAUUGUGUAUCAUGUAAACAAAUAUAGAGCCAUGAGAGGGAACAGGAGUGAACUCACGCUGGCGCCCCGGUGUCAUGUAAACACCCCCUAACCUUAGCUUCAACCAACCUCGCUCUGUUCCACACGGCAGCGUUUACGCUCUCAGCAUAAAAGAAAGCAUGCGUCAUGUUUAAACCGAUGGCAAUAUCAAGUGUAAAUGUUGCCAUUAAUAUCUCGGAAAUUUCCAUUUAAAAGGAGAUCUUCAAACUAUAGCCUGCGUGGCAGGCGUUAAAAGGGAGGGGGAAGGGGUAAAUUUAGACCGCGAGGGAGAAAGGAAAGGAAGUAUUUAGUCGAAAGCCGCGUAUCGUGAGGCCAGGGGGAAAAAAAGCCAUGCUAUGCUUGGCCCAUAAAGUUUUUUGGUUACAAUUUUGUGGCCGGUUCCAGCCGUUCAAUACUGGACAGAAAAAAAGAUACCCCUUUCCGCCUUUGGGCUAUCGUUGCUGGGACUCCGGGAAACCGGAAACAGGCCAGUUUUCUCCAGCGUUCAACCGACCACAUUACUUUUAUGAUCAGAAAGAAAAAGUACAAUUUUCUUUUUGAAAAUUUAUCAAAUCAUUCCCUAAUUCAAUCAAACCACGGAAGGUGGUAUUAUUAUUGGAUAAACCACACGAGACCCACAUAGUCAGAAAGAGGAACCCGAGGUUUACAAAAUCCUCGAAUUUGGUGUUUAUCGGAAGAAUUUUGAACGAGAUACAGAGACUCAGAAACUCCCAAAUUUACUUUAAAAAAAGAGUCAACGCACAUUAAGUCAUCAAAAUUCAAACUAAAGAAUCAUCGAUCCUCCUGCGUUUUUGCUUUGAUGAAGUAUUUUUAGAGCAGCUAAAAACUAAUAUUUAUAAAAAUUUUACUUCUAAAGGAUUUUUUUCGUUUUAUGUUAGAGUAAGCUUGAAUUUAUAAGCCUUUGCGUGACGGAGAGAAUUGUUAUGUAGAUUAAAAAAGUGACUUUGUCUUAUUUUGUUGAAUUUUGCUAGCUCAAUAGUUAUUUCAUUAGAAAAAUUAUUACUUUAAUCGAGUUAUGAGUUCCUUGAAAGAUGGAUUCAAGCCUGAAAACUCAGUGACAGACAUUAAAACUCAGACUGUUUAUGCUGGUUUUCCCGAUGGGCACCAAUAUGGCUCCCGCACGGCGCUCUAUAAAUUUGUGUAAAUCAUUUCUCCGAAUAACUCACAGUGAGCCGUUGACCAUAGUCUGCAAAGGGCUUUUUGAGCCAGUUUCAAACAACAACAACAACAACAAUAACAACUUUAUUACACAUUAAACAGUUUACAAGUAAUAAAUUAAAGUGAACUAAAAAGAAAAAAAGAAAAGGCUGAGGAGUGUAAAACAAAAGAAAUCACAUUGACAUUCAUGGAUAAAUACCAGCAGUCUCAGUGAAAAACACCCCUGAUAUAUUAAUUGCGGGCAACCAGAGGAGCCCAGAAUCGUAAUCUUCAGGUUGCUGUUACGAAUUCUUGGCAUGAACGGAAUGCAGAGAGUAGAACUCAAUCGUGUGACCUUCUUCCAAGUAACCAGAACUCGCAGGAAAUCUUCCUACGUGCAUAAUGGUUUGUAGAGAUUGAAGAGAAAACAGUGGGAAAAAAAAUGGAAAACCAGCGACUUUUUCGAGGAAAUGCGGUUGAGCAUUAACAGCCAUGUGCGUUAGGUUACAAAGCUAUCCUAAAUGUAUUUAUUGGUCUUCUUAAUAAAGCCUCGAUACUGUGAUAAACAUGAUAGUAACGCUAUGCGGUAGCCUUCAGAGCGGACUUCCCUAACCGUUAUUCUCACUUCCCGCCCUUCACCCCAGUUCAUCCUUCCCGGGUCUUGUGCGUGUCACGCAGUCAAAGACAUCAGGAAACCCCGAUGAUCGGAGCGGACAACUCCCAUUAGGGUGGCUCGAUACAGUUUUCAGGGUCAAUACCUCCCAAGUUUGAGCGUAAACUACAUCGCCAUAAACAAAGAUUUGGAAAAAAUAACACCACAGUUGUAUUCGAUAAAGAUGAAAAUUUGUUAUGAUCAGGUUUGCAAUGACGUCGGAGCAAUGAAGUGAGAGCCUCCCUUUAUUCAGGGGUAUUGUCUCCAAGUUUUAUAUUUUCGUGCACAACAAUAGCAAGCAUUUUUACGUAUGUCACGCAAUGUUAGUACUGCUGUUCACGUGAAAAUGAAACUUUGAGACAAUAGCCCUGAAUAAUGAGAGGCUCUCACUUGUAAACACAAAAUUUCUGACAAAAUAUUAGCGAAUUAUAGCCCUUAUUUUACUAUCUAACAAUAUAUCAAUAACCUUGAAACUAAGAGGUCAUAUAAAAGGAGGGUUAAUCUCAAGAGUCUUAAAUUUUUUACAAAAUGUAUCGAGCGGUUUAAAAAUUAUUUGCUAAUUUGUUAAAGUAGACCGAAAUGUUUACAUUACCGCUAACAAGAGCUCCCCGAUACAUACUAAUCAAAUCCUUCUUUCUAGCAAUCCGCUGGAGGUAUCUCCAUGAUCUUUCACACACGCUUUAAAAAAGAUUGAAGCUACUAUGAGGUGAAAUUGCAUGUCAAAAGCGCUUUGUUUAGUACAGAUAACAGUCAAACACCAAGAUCGCCUUUUUUUACCGUAUUUCUAACAAUAAAAACUUCUUCCGAAAAUAUCUUGAUAACGCUCUUACAGAUUUCGCUUAAACUUCACUAACGGUGAGGCGGCUAUUGGAGGAAAAAGCUCCAGUAGUAAACGAUUUUGGAAGAACAGUUCCCAGUGCCGAGAAAUAUUGCUGCAAGUAAAAUAGGUAAUGGCAUCAUUUCGUUGCUAUGACAACUCCGACGUCAUUGCAACCCUGAUCAUAACAAAUUUUUGUCUUUAUCUAAUACAACUGUGGUGUCAAUUUUUCCAAAUCUUUGUUUAUGGCGAAGUAGUUUAUGCUCCAGCUUGGGAGAUAUUAAACCUGAAAAACUGUAUCGAGCCACCUUACAUUGCCAUUAAUGCAUUAGAGCCUUAAAACAGCGUCGUAUAAUUUACGGUCAUACAUACAUACCGAGUGUUCUGUCGGACACAUUCGGGUCGAUUCGGCUAGUACAACCCUUCCCAAAUCAAGGUUAUUAACUGGAUGCCCUUUCCUGUCCGCGACAUUGAAAACAGAACUGCCAUUGUCUAGCGAGCACAGCAAGCUCUCCCACCAGUGGGAAAGCUUGCUCGCAGACUACCCAUUGUCAAGCAUAAUACAAAAAACCCGGAACACGCACCCCAAUUCUCGUUAAUAUAAUUCACUUUGUUACUCGCAUAACUUUGCUUGAUUGACAGUAAGUUUUGCGACCUUUGUUAUUGUAGAAUUGUGAUUGGACACUAGAUCACUGACGUCAUAAUAAUUAUGUCGUGCUACUACAUCUAAUCUAAAUCGGCGUCCGCUUUCCGUGACACUUUCUUAGCACAAUCGCUAAUCUAAGCUUUGUAAAGUCGCUGUUUCUACCAGAGUCCGUGGACCGUGCUUACAGGUUUGCUUCUUACUUUUUGUUUAAUCUAUUACGUAAAACGUAGCUCAAUGAGGGAUGGUCUUUCCUUUGAGCACUCAUGAUGUCGUGCUAUUGAAUCUUUAUGCUAAACGAAUCAUAAACCGACCAUGAACAUAGAGAACAUUCGCGUAGCUCUCGAAUGUUCAACCAGUGACUGGUCGAUGAAAAGCUAAACUGUUCGGUUUACAUUAGAGGGUCUGAAUGGGGAGUCCAUAUGUCGUUUGUCGGUAAAUCUCGGUAUUUAAAUGAUUAACAAAGCAAGUUAAUUAUUCAUAUUCGUUUUUCAAUUCACACAGUUUAACAUCUAAACAAGUGUAAAACUUCUUCAUUCAUCGUCAGUUCAUCAUUUGAUUGCAAUGGAACUUCAUUUUAAAGUCUGGUUUGUUUAGCUACGCGAUAGAUAAUUUAAAUUAACAGUCCGAUGACCAUGACGCCGUUACUUACGUUCUGUGAGUCCGAAGGUCGCUGAGGAGACCAAUCCCAGCACGCAAGUGUCGGUAGUUUCGAAAACGAAGCACUCGAAAACGAAGACCGAAGCACGAAGCACCCAAAUCUCGAAAACGAAGACCCCUAAAUCUCGAAAACGAAGCACCCAAAACUCGAAAACGAAGCAACCAAAAUUCGAAAACGAAGCACCCAAAACUCGAAAACGAAGACCCCUAAAUCUCGAACACGAAGCACCCAAAACUCGAAAACGAAGCAACCAAAAUUCGAAAACGAAGCACCCUAGAUCGAAAACGAAGCACCCAAAAACUCGACACCGGUCUGUCCUUUAUAAACACGAGACCAAUGCUAAUACAACAGGAAUCAAGCACGAUAACGAAUCGAAUGCAGUUCAAAUCUACUCAAGUUGUAAAUGCAUUUCCGCCGCUGCGUGGGAGGCCCGGUGGGAGGCCAUGUUUUGGACGUGAUCAGAAAACCGAGAGCCAAAAAAAUGCAUAUUAAGGUAAGAAACUGAAAAAAUCUAAUAAACAAAAUACGAUUUAUUUUUGAAUUCAAAUAUCCCCACAAUGUCGGGCCAUACGGUCGGUUGUCGGCUAACGGGUGAGUUUCCUCUGUUUCCUGUCGGUAGUAGGUAAUUUUGUUUCUUGUUUUGUCGGAGUCACUUAUAUUUUUCGCCGUUUGUCGCUAGUCGUUUAACCCCAUUCAGACCAUCACGUUAGCUUGGGAAAGUAAAUACGAUUUAUUUCUGGGUUAAUUAUUUAAAUCAGUUGACUUCACGGAACCCUAACGCGAGAAACACUAGGUUCUUGUGCUUUUAGUUUGACGUUCAAUUUGUGUUGUAAUGGGGAUUGACGAAUUCUCACUUUGACUUUCGACUGAAAAAAGUAAUUUAUCGCAGCGAGAUUUUUAUAUUUCAAGAUCUUCCCGUCUGCUCCAGAGGCUACUAGACCGUGAAUUGUCAAUUCACUAUUGUUGACUCAUACCUUCGGCAUGCGUUCAAACCUGAAAUGUGAUGGUUUAAUUACCGAGAGAAAAAAGCUACAAGUCAUUACAUUAUACAUUUAAUGUAGUUGUAGGUGUACCUUAAAAUUCCGCAUAUAAGCCCCUUUAUGUAUAAGCCCCUCCAAAUAUAAGACCCCUAAACCGGUAACGCAAGAAACCCUCCGUUAAAUCGCCCCUCCAAAUAUAAGCCCCCCGGGGGCUUGUACUUGGAAAAUUGCCCUCAAAUACAAAGUAAAACAAAGCUAAAACUGUACAUUUACCUCCAAGUAUAAGGCUAGCCCAAUCGAUUUUGAAAAGCAAAUAUCCCUCUGUAGAUAAGCCCCUCAAAAAGGGCCUUUGAAAAAUAUAAGCCCCGGGGCUUAGUUUCGGAAUUUUACGGUAUUUUAAAGUAGAUUUGUUGAUCGCGUGAUAUAUUUCAGGCCCACGUGACAACUGAGUAUUGCCUUUUCCCUGCAAACGGCUGGUCCUUCGAUUCACUUGGAUGACCACCUCAAAUUUCAAUCCCGCUUCCGGUAGGAAACGUAAAAAUAGUGUUGACAAUAAGUACUUUCGGGCUAAAUACGUACAAACUCAAAUAAAGUUUUUUUAUUAUUAUUAUUUAUAAAUAUAAAAAGGAAAUUAAUUCAGAGAUUGAUAAUUGUAGGUGAAGAAUUUUCUCUUGGGGAAAAAUAUUUUGUGCAAACCUAGAGUGAUUUUACUUGAACCGUGAAACAGAUAUUAACAAAUGGUACAAAAUAGCGAGAUGUAAACAAAAAUUCUACUACCUAUUUCACGGUUCGAGUAAAAUCACUCACCUGAAUAACUUGUAUUCUUUAACCCUUUAAGCCCUAAUUUCCACAAACAAAUUCCCCAAACUGAUUUGUAUACAUUUCCUUUAAGAAUUAGAUGAGAGAAUUUGAAAACCGAUCAAAGCAUUUUCUCUUCAGUGAUCAUUUUAUUAACUCUCAUAACCAUUUCUCUUGGCAACAUAUGGAUAUUGUUAGGAGAAAAUUGAUGUUGGUCACUAUUGGGACUUAAAGGGUUGAUAGUACCUUGUGUCAUUUUGAUAGUUGUUUGGUUGAUAAAGGUGCUACUUAAGAUCUCAAACUAUUCUACCUUUUUGUGUCUCCAGUGCGAUGUUGAUGUGAAAAACGGACAUGUCAGAAGCUGCGACGAACUACGAUUCAAAUAACGGCGAUGCUAGCCCACCUCAGCUGGCUGUUGGUCUUUCAUCCAUAAGAGAUGUUACAACAACAUCGAAACAGCCAGAUCUACCUGUUGAUAUUCUUUUAGUAACGGUUAAGGACUGCGAGUUCUUAGCUUGUUACAAUGAGCUUAAAGAUCCCUUUAGAUGUUAUUUUGAUGGUCUUGGUUACGUUUACUUCGCGGACGUUGUCGGAAGUCAGCCAGGGCGAGUGAAAGUAGUACUAAUGAAGUGUCAUGAAGGUGCUGUCGGUCCGGGUGGCGCUCUGACUGCCGUUAAGAAUGCCGCCCCUAUUCUUCGACCCAAGGCCGUGAUAUCUGUUGGAGCAUGCAGUGGUCUCAACCCUGACAAAACCAAAUUAGGAGAUGUUAUUGUAUCAGCCAAACUAACAACAUAUGCAUCCAAAGUGGUUAAAAGCGACCAAGAUCAGUGGGCUGGUAUUAGCAGUUACGUGAGCAGACGGUUUCUUAACAUCAUUAAGAAUUGCGCUCAUGGAUGGCAACCACCUUUGAAGAACUCGAACCGAGAAGAUCGCCACAUCAACGUUCAUAACAAUGGCGUGCUCUUAAGUGGUCCCGAGCAGAUCAGAGCAGAAUGGAGGCGAAAAGAACUUCUAGACCGUCAUCCCCUCGCAACAGGUGUAGAGAUGGAGGGAGAAGGU